AUGAGUGUGGGCGCGAAGAAGCAAGGCGUGGCGGGCAGGACCCGGGCGCCGGCUUUCUGCUUGUUCCCCUGUUUAGGCAGGGAGCGCGCGAGAGGCCUCGGGGCCGGGCGGAGCCGGCGCCGGGUGGCGAGGGGAACGCGCGGGGUGGGUGUGGCGUCGUGGGCUCCGGCCUCUACUGCUCCCGGCUCCGCUGAGGAGAAAGUCCACUUUUCGCCCCUUUUGGAGCUUUCUCAGUACCAGUGGGGUCGGCCAUCCUCCUUCCUCCCAGUCGCCGGACGUGGGGGGAGGGAGGGGCUCCCACGGAGAGUUGUGGCCCGGGUCGCUUGGAGUGAGCUUUCCAGCCCUGGUGCCAAACACCUUCUUCCUUCCUUUCGUGGGAAUACAAAUUUGCUCAUCAUGCCAACAGAAUCUGUGGAGAUUGAUGAUGCAUUAUACAGUCGACAGAGAUACGUUCUUGGAGAUACAGCAAUGCAGAAGAUGGCCAAGUCCCAUGUUUUCUUAAGUGGUAUGGGUGGUCUUGGUUUGGAAAUUGCAAAGAAUCUUGUUCUUGCAGGGAUUAAGGCACUUACUAUUCAUGAUACAGAAAAAUGCCAAGCAUGGGACCUAGGAACCAACUUCUUUCUCUGUGAAGACGAUAUUGUUAAUAUGAGAAACAGGGCCGAAGCUGUACUUCAACAUGUUGCAGAAUUAAAUCCAUACGUUCAUGUCACAUCAUCUUCUAUUCCUUUAAAUGAAACCACAGAUCUAUCCUUCUUAGGUAAAUACCAGUGUGUAGUUCUGACUGAGAUCAAACUUCCAUUGCAGAAGAAGAUUAAUGACUUUUGCCGUUCUCGGUGCCCUCCAAUUAAGUUCAUCAGUGCAGAUAUACAUGGAGUUUGGUCACGGUUGUUUUGUGAUUUCGGUGAUGAAUUUGAAGUUUUAGAUACAACAGGAGAAGAACCAAAAGAAAUUUUUAUUUCAGAUAUAACGCAAGCUAAUCCUGGCGUUGUUACUUGCCUUGAAAAUCAUCCACACAAACUUGAAACAGGACAGUUCCUAACAUUUCGAGAAAUUAAUGGAAUGACAGGCUUAAAUGGAUCUACGCGAGAAAUAACUGUGUUAUCACCAUUUUCUUUUAGCAUUGGUGAUACUACAAAACUGGAACCUUAUUUACACGGAGGCAUAGCUGUUCAAGUUAAGACUCCUAAAACAUUUUGCUUUGAACCAUUGGAGAGGCAGAUAAAACAUCCAAAGUACCUUAUUGUGGAUUUCAGCAAACCUGAGGCAUCUUUAGAGAUUCACUCAGCCAUGCUUGCCUUGGACCAGUUUCAGGAGAACUAUAAUCGCAAGCCAAAUAUUGGAUGCCAACAAGAUUCAGAAGAGUUGUUGAAACUAGCAACAUCUAUAAGUGAAACCUUGGAAGAGAAGCCGGAAGUAAAUACUGACAUUGUGCGUUGGCUCUCUUGGACUGCCCAAGGCUUUUUACCCCCACUUGCUGCAGCAGUAGGAGGUGUUGCCAGCCAAGAAGUAUUGAAAGCUGUGACAGGAAAGUUUUCUCCUUUGUGCCAGUGGUUAUAUAUUGAAGCAGCAGAUAUUGUCGAAUCCCUAGGCAAACCUGAAUGUGAAGAAUUUCUCCCACGAGGAGAUAGAUACGAUGCAUUACGAGCCUGCAUUGGAGACACUUUAUGUCGGAAGCUACAGAAUUUGAAUAUCUUUUUAGUAGGAUGUGGAGCCAUAGGCUGUGAAAUGUUAAAAAAUUUUGCAUUGCUUGGUGUUGGCACAGGCAAAGAGAAGGGAAUGGUUACAGUAACAGAUCCUGACUUGAUAGAAAAAUCCAACUUGAAUAGACAGUUCCUGUUUCGUCCUCAUCAUAUACAGAAACCUAAAAGCUAUACUGCUGCUGAUACAACCCUGAAAAUAAAUCCUCAGUUAAAAAUAGAUGCACACUUGAACAAAGUAUGUCCAGCCACUGAGGCAAUUUACAGUGAUGAGUUCUAUACUAAGCAAGAUAUAAUUAUUACAGCAUUAGAUAAUGUGGAAGCCAGGAGAUAUGUAGACAGCCGUUGCUUAGCAAAUCUACGGCCCCUCUUAGAUUCUGGAACAAUGGGCACUAAGGGACACACUGAAGUUAUUGUACCUCAUUUAACUGAAUCCUAUAAUAGUCAUCGGGAUCCCUCAGAAGAGGAAAUACCAUUUUGUACCCUAAAAUCCUUUCCUGCUGCUAUCGAACACACUAUACAGUGGGCAAGAGAUAAGUUUGAAAGUUCCUUUUCCUACAAGCCUUCAAUAUUUAACAAAUUUUGGCAAACCUAUCAAUCUGCAGAAGAAGUCUUGCAGAAGAUACAAUCUGGACACAGUUUAGAAGGCUGUUUUCAAGUUAUUAAGUUACUCAGCAGAAGACCUCGAAAUUGGUCCCAGUGUGUAGAAUUAGCAAGAUUAAAGUUUGAAAAAUAUUUUAACCACAAGGCUCUUCAGCUUCUUCAUUGUUUCCCUCUGGACACACGACUGAAAGAUGGCAGUUUGUUUUGGCAAUCACCAAAAAGGCCCCCGUCUCCAUUAAAAUUUGAUCUAAAUGAAUCUUUGCACUUCAGUUUCCUUCUGAAUGCUGCAAAAUUAUAUGCUACAGUCUAUUGCAUUCCAUUUACAGAAGAGGACUUAUCAGCAGAUGCCUUGUUGAAUAUUCUUUCUGAAGUAAAAAUUCAGGAAUUCAAACCUUCCAACAAGGUUGUUCAAACAGAUGAAACUGCAAGGAAACCAGACCAUGUUCCUAUUAGCAGUGAAGAUGAGAGGAAUGCUGUUUUCCAACUACAAAAGGCUAUUUCAUCUAAUGAAGCUACUGCAAAUGACCUUCAGAUGGCAGUGCUUUCAUUUGAAAAAGAUGAUGAUCGUAAUGGACACAUAGAUUUCAUCACAGCUGCAUCAAAUCUUCGUGCCAAAAUGUAUAGCAUUGAACCAGCUGACCGUUUCAAAACAAAGCGCAUAGCAGGUAGAAUUAUACCUGCUAUAGCAACAUCCACUGCUGCAGUUUCUGGCUUGGUUGCACUGGAAAUGAUCAAAGUAGCUGGUGACUACCCUUUUGAAGCUUACAAAAAUUGUUUCCUUAACUUAGCCAUUCCAAUUAUAGUGUUUACAGAGACAUCUGAAGUAAGAAAAACUGAAAUCAGAAAUGGAAUAUCAUUUACAAUUUGGGACAGAUGGACUAUACAUGGCAAAGAAGAUUUCACCCUCUUGGAUUUCAUAAACGCAGUCAAAGAGAAGUACGGAAUUGAGCCAACGAUGGUGGUACAGGGAGUCAAAAUGCUCUAUGUUCCUGUAAUGCCUGGUCAUGCAAAAAGAUUGAAGUUAACAAUGCAUAAACUUGUGAAACCUUCUUCUGAAAAGAAAUACGUGGAUCUUACUGUGUCAUUUGCUCCAGAUACUGAUGGAGAUGAAGAUUUACCUGGACCUCCAGUAAGAUACUACUUUAGUCAUGACACUGACUGACAGAACUUGUCUUAAAUUUACUCUAGGACUACUUGAUUUUGGAAAGGAAUGCAUUCAAUUCAGGAGCUAAAAAGAUCAGCUCGUAAUGCUAUGGAUUUCUGUUUGAUGAAGCCUUAAUUUAACGGAAACAUCAGUGGAAAACUACACUGAAGAUUUAUAAAGCAUUUUGAAGCAUAGUAUAUACUUGUGUAGUGCUUCAUGUGUGGAUGUGAUGCGAUCACAAGCAACUUUGAACUGGAAUGCCAUUUUUUAAUGCUUACAAAAAAUUUGUGUAUUAACCUCUCUGGAUGAAAAGAAGGAAAAAUGCAUAUCCAAGGCCAGAAGAGAUAAAAAAAAUCAAGAAAUUGAAAGUGACAAGUGCAGCUAUCCAAAAAGUUUAAUCCUAUUUUACGAAUUUCUUUUUGUUUAGUAUUUCAGGCCCAUUUUUCUAUACAAAUAGCAUUUGGCUCUAUGCACCUCUCAUGACUAGACUUUGGAUUUAACACCAGUAGGAAGAGGAAGGAUGAUAACAGUGGUUGAAGAAUAGACAUUUAAAAUUGUACAGUUUACUGUCCUAUUACCUCUGCUAGUUUAACCAGUUUGUUUUAUCACUGUCCCCUCAAAAGCAGGAUCUUUGUUAAUAGCAUCAGUGUUGUGAGUUAUGAGCGUGUCCAGUGAUAGGUGUUAAACUGGAUAAAUGUUAACAAUGUUAUAUGGACUCUGAUGUCCUUCUUAUAGAAUCCAUGAAUGUGAACAGAUAAAUAUGGCUAGUUAUUUGAUUCUUCAGUAUGCCUUCUAAUGUGGCUAUUUUAUUUAUUUGAAACUCUAAACCUGAUUGUCAGAGUAUAUAAGACUAAAAGUUUUUGUAGAGAGAGUGUCCUUAGAAAUAGAUGAAAAGUAGAAAUUAAAAAAAUUAUCACUAGUUGAGUCUUGAUUUUUUUUUCUUCCAACAACCUAAUGGACAGAAAAAAACAAUUUAAUGUUUUAUUUUAAAGGGAAAUAUAUUAUUUAAUUCCACAUUCCCAGAAAAGGAAUUGACAAAGAUAAAAAUUUAUAUUUUUAGGUCUUUACUGAUAGAAACUUUCUGUUUCUGAUAAGAACUAUUGCGAAUGUUCAUAGAAAUAGUUUCAUUAAAAUGAUGUAAAGUACUCAACACUGAAUUCGGUGAAAAUAGCAAAUAUUUCUUUCAUUUCCUAGGCUACUAUGCAUUCUUAAGCAAUUUGCAUUAUUUUACACAAAAUAAGUUAUUUCUCUCUAGCUACUUUCCUUCUGCUCUCCCGUUCAGACCAUUAAUAGGUACUUUGAUAAAUUAAAAACUAGAUUCAGGCCAGUAUUACUCCAGUUUGGUGUCUUUUCAUACUCUGUACUUAACCUCCAUUUUUUUCUGCUUACAAGUAGUUUAAAUUACUUAAGUCAGCCAGCUCUAUUGUUUCAUUCUUUUGUAAAAGUGUCAUCCAACUGGGAAAAUAUAUUUGGGAGUGGAGGGUGAAUUUGUAUGAUUAAAGGAUGAUCUUUGCAUUGGAGGUGAGGAUAAAUGGACAGGAUGAGUUUAAAGGAAAUGGCUACCUUUCAAAUAAGCAGUUUAAUUUUGAUUCACCAUAUCCUACCCUCUCCCAUCAUUUAUAUUACAAGUAUAAUGUUUAAAAUUAGUAUACUCAAAGUUGAAUCCAGGAAUAUCAAAGCUCUAUGGCUUGGAACUUCUCUAAGAAGCUAGUUUCCCACUUUCACUUGUUUUGUGCUCUAUGACAGUGACUGGUAUUUUCCCAGUAGUAUUCAGUAAUUCUCAGUUGUGAUCUAAUCACUUGUUUAUAUUUGAUCUAAAUCUCCACAUCUCUUCAGAAUUAAAUUUAGCACUAUGCUAUCAGUUCUUAUUUAUAGAGAUCAGUACUUUAGCAGAUUCAAACAAAAUUAACAAGGAUUGAAUUCAUUUUAUGAUUAAACCUGAAACCAUUUUGUCUUUUUUUUUUUCUGUAGGUAAUGGUUAUUGCCAUUAAUCUCUUCUAUUUAGUUCUACUCAGCUGGAAAGCCAGUGUGAAUUUAAUGACAGUUUUUUCAUUAUCUGUUUUAUUUCUGUACCAUGAGAUCACUGUUGGUGAUUGAAAUAUCAGAUGCAAAAAUUAGUGAUUAGACGGUACAACUGAGUGAUUUUUUACUUAUUAAAAAUGAUUAAGUAAUUUGACAGUAUCUUUGUAAAUCCUGUUCCAUAGCUGACUCCAGAGAUUCCAGUUUUACUCUUCAUUUUAUGAGUAGUGUUGCCUUGGUGUUUCCUAGUUUUCAAGGUUUGCAAUCAUUGAGACACAACAUUCACUGGAUAUGGAGGGACAUUACUUUGAAGUGCUUUUGGCUCCGGGAAAUUCUCUUAAACAGUUGAAGGGAAUGGUGGUGACCUUGUAAAACCUAGAAAAUCUGGUAAAUCCUACACUGUUGAUUGGGGAUUUCUAAAGUCCAUUCUUUUUUUAGAAUUCAGAGCAUUAUGUUGCUCAUCUGUAAGUUCCUCUAAAUUGUCCCAAAGGUAGAACUUGGAAAUAGAUAUGUAUCUUUAUUUUUAUUUUUUGGCUAUUAUAGCACUCCCUGGUGGAGCCAAUGACAAGGCAUAAAAUAAGUCAAGAAUGUUUAAAGUCACUAUCUUAUAAUUGGAAAAAUGAAGACAGAAAAUUUGUUUUCUUGUGAUCUUGAGGGGAAAACAAUCUCUUAACCUAAUAAUCCUUUCAACUGUAAUGAAUGUUACCAAAAAUUCACUGUGAUUGUGAAUAUAUAACCAUUUAGUAUAUAAUCACUAGAUACGGGUUUAACUAAUUUUACUUUUAACAAAUUUAAAAUUUAAUCAGGAAAUUGCAGUCUUGGGGGUCACAGUAAGUAUUCAGUAGGUAAUUUGUUCAUUUUUCUCUUGCCAUGUCUUAGCUUUAUUUAUUUAAUUAAGAUAUAUGUAUAUAUAUAUUCAAGAGAGUACAUAAAAUAUGAAUACACAACUUAAGAAAUAAUUUUAAAGUAACUACUCAAACAGCUCUCGAAUCAAUAGAACACUGACAACAGCCCAGAAACUCCCUUGGUAGUCCUUCCCAGUCACAGUCAGCUUCCCUACAUGUACCCUCUGGCAGCUAGUAUUGUCCCUUUAGUGAUAACUGUGUCUUUGUUUUUAUUUAUAGCAUUACCACCUAUGUAUAUACCUAAACAUUACAGUUUACUUUUGAUGGUUUUUUUAACUUAAUAUAAAUAGAAUCAUACUGUA